GCAUUUUAAAAAGAAAAUACAUAAUAACUUUAUUAUCCAUACAUAUAUUUUAGUUCUGUUUCUUUAUCGGAAACGUAUCAUUAAUAUAGGUGUCAUUUGCACCCACAUUGACACUAAACUAACUAAAAACACUUACUAAACGUAAAACAAACCGCCCUUCCACCACAGAUCCGCAGUGAGGCAGCCCGGGCAGGCAAAGGCCCGGCCAAGGAGAGCAUCUGGCAGUUCUUCGUGGACAAGUGCGCCAACAACCUGCAUGUGGUUCUGGCCAUGAGUCCUGUGGGCGACACGCUACGCACCCGGUGCCGGAACUUUCCAGGCAUCGUGAACAACGCCAGCAUAGACUGGUUCUUCCCGUGGCCUGAUCAGGCUUUGUACGCUGUAGCAAGUGUCAUGAUCUCUCCGGAG